GGGAAACCUUUGACAAAAAAGUUGAGAUAGGAGAGAAGUGCAAAAAUGUGAAAAUCUAAGGCCGAAAAAGCAUAUCCAAACAAAACGGUUGCCAAAAGGAUGAGCCUACCAGCUUAGUUACUCCACUGUUGUGUGGAAGCUAACAAGACUUUUCUUCCUUCAAACAAUGGCUUCCCUUCUUUCUUUCUCUCUUCCAAAACCAAACAUAAUCAAAGCUGUUUCCGCUUCUUCUGCAACUCCUACUACAACUACCCUUCCCGCUCCAGAGGCUCUUGAUGAAAAAUUUGGUCGCAAAGGCAUCAAAUUCUCAGAGUCCAACAAUGUCCCAUUUGUUGAGCUGACAGUAAGAAAUGGAAGCUCACUGAAACUAAGAAUACCUGAUGCUCAUGUCACUUCUUACAAACCUAAAGUAUAUUGGAAAGACGACGGCUUAGAGGAGAUCCUUUACACGGUUCCUGCUGCGGGAACAGACUCUACCAAGUUCAAAGGAGGGAUUGGUCUGGUCAUCAAUGAUGCAACUGAAAAAAGUUCAAAAGGGUCGGUUCUAUCAGGUUAUGACUGGACUGUAAAGGAUGCUGAUAAUGAUGCCAUUGAUGCUCUUCAGGUUGAGUUGAGCUGUACUGCUGGAACUCUAGAUAUCAGUUAUGUCGUCUCCCUUUAUCCAGUAAGCAUAGCAACAGCAGUCAUAGUAAGGAACAAUGGCCGCAAAGAUGUGAGUUUAACCAGUGCAAUACUUAGCCAUUUGAACUUCAAGAAAAGAAGUCGAACAGCAAUUCAUGGACUCAGAGGCUGCUCUUACUGCUCGCAUCCGCCAUUGUCUUCACCUUUCGAGCUCUUAUCCCCAUCUGAAGCAAUGAAAACUGAAUCUUCAGGAUGGUUUGGUUCUGAUAGUGAAGAGAAACCAGGUGUAUGGACCAAACAAGAUGUGCCAAUCACCAUAUUGAAGGAUAAGCUGAGUAGAGUGUAUGCUGCUCCUCCAUCAGAGAGAUUGAAGCCAAUUUUUGACACCCCACCUUCAAAAUAUGAAACUCUUGAUCAGGGUAGAGAACUGUCCUUCAGGGUAAUAAGAAUGGGGUUUCAAGAUAUAUACUUAUCAAGCCCUGGUUCAUUAGCAGAGAAGUAUGGGAAGGAUUAUUUUAUCUGCACUGGACCGGCUUCAAUGCUGGUGCCUGUUGUUAUAAAACCUGGUGAAAAUUGGAGAGGAGCUCAAGUCAUUGAGCACGAUAACUUGUAAUUAUAUAUAAAUAUAUAUAUAUAUUCCAUUUUAAUUGUUCCCUUUUUCAAUUAGCUGGUUUUUGGAAACCAUUAUUGUAGUCUAUAUUCUAUGUAAUGUUGCUGCAAUUCAUUGACUCAUAGUGAUCUAUGCUUGCAAUAAUAAAGCAAAUAGAUAACAGUUUCUAA